AUGGCGUCCGCGCAGGUGUUCUACGACGGACCCUGCCCACCCGCUAAGCCCAUGGAUUUUUUUGACUUCUCCGCCUACCAAGGUACCUGGUAUGAAAUCGCCCGUUACCCCAACGCGGCUGAGGAGGGCACCAGGGGCAAGUGUACAACCGCUCAAUACUUUGUGUACGGCGACAAAGGCAGGGUCAGGAACACCCAUGUCGUUGCCGGUGUCAAAUCCUACAUUGAUGGUGAUAUCACACACGUAGAGCCUGGCAAAGUGAUGCUUACCUACACCUUUGGAGGCCGAUCAAAGAAUUCGUUCCUCACUGUGCUGCAAACUGACUACACCAACUACUCCAUUGGCUACGGCUGCAAAUACUUCAAGGAUACCGACACUCACCAAGUGUUCUCAUGGAUCAAGUCAAGGAGCAAGGUUUUGGAUCCUAAUUCUCUGGCCAUUGUCAACAACUAUUUGCAGUAUUCUCCAUUGCUCGACUCUGACAAAUAUAUUCUCAACGAUUACUCCGCAGCUUCGUGCUCAUACAAUUUCGUCAAGGACAUCCAAGAGUUCCUUGAC